AGCUUGUUUUAUCAACGAGUUGCGACAUGUCACCUCAACCUUCCCCCACUACGACCUUUGCUGUCGAUGACGAUGAUGAUACUCUCUACGACAUCAUGCAAGAAUCUAAGAUCUUCCGAGCGCUCCUCCUUGGACAUCAAGACGACCAAGAAGCUAAGAUUGAAUAUGAUGAGAGUGACCGCCUGCCGUCAUCAGUCCCCUCUUCCCUAAUCUUCGUGGACACUAUUGACCAACGACCAACCAAGCACCAACGACUCGGAUACUCCAACGACUACGAUUACAUACAAGGUGUCGAGUUGCUCCCUUUGGAGAACUCCUUCAUACCAGAAAGUCCACGCCUAAGUUAUCUCAGUGAAAGCCUGUCUGACGUCCCCGAGCUAUUCUUGCCUCCACUGUGUGAAGAAGAAGAUACCCAUCACGCACAGCGAAGAAGUGGUUUGAGAAGGGUCGUAGACCGUAGACGGCUGGUCGGCCAGAGACGACGUUUGAUCAGAAGCUUAGGGUUGGCUGAGGUCACCAGAGGAUCCGAAACGUAUGUUUCGGCUUCAACCAAGCGACCAGCGCACAGCGAAGAUUAUUAUUAGUGACGCUAACUAUAGGGGAGAUAUCUUCUGAUCGCACUCGGAAGAUUUUCAGCACUACUAGGGUUGUAGUAGUGGCAAGGUAGAGGCUGCACUGUACGUCAACAACGUUUCAAAAU